AUGCAGUUUCUACUCAGGGCUGCGGCCGUCCUCUCAUUCUCUGUUGGGGGACUGGCUAGUGUUCAACAUCAAUCUGCUUCACCAACCGUUCGUAUCCAGAACGGAACGGUAAUCGGAAAACAUGUCGCUUCCUACAAUCAAGACCUGUUUUUGGGAAUUCCUUUCGCGCAAGCCCCAAUUGGAGAUCUUCGAUUUGAGGCUCCUCAGCCCGUAAAUGAAACCUGGAGCGCUCCUCUGAAUGCGACUGUAUAUGGCGCCCAUUGCAUCAAUUAUCUACUAGGGUUGCCAAUGGAUCCGGCAGAUCUGGCCACUAGGUACCCUCAAAGCGAGGACUGCCUAACAAUCAAUGCUGUUCGACCAGCAGGGAUCAAACGCAACGCGCGUCUUCCCGUGUUAGCCUAUAUCUACGGCGGUGGUUUCCAAGAAGGAGGCUCUGGCGAUGCUAGAUACAAUGCGUCUGCUCUGGUUGAAGCCUCUGUUCGGAUCGGUCAGCCAUCUAUUGUGGUGACUAUGAACUAUCGUCUCCAGGGAUGGGGCUUCUUGGCCGGAAAUGAAGUUCGCAAUCAUGGCCUCCUUAACCUGGGUAUUCAAGACCAAAGACUUGCUCUCCAAUGGAUCCAGGACAAUAUUGAAGCCUUUGGAGGAGAUCGUCGCCGAGUCACCAUCCAAGGAGAAUCUGCCGGUGCUGCCUCUGUAGGCUUCCACUUGUUAGCCAAUGGAGGACGGGAUGAUGGUCUUUUCAAUGCAGCCAUUUGCCAGAGUGGUGGGCCAUACUACUUUGGUAGCUUUACGUCCGAUGCCCAGUCUGAAAAAACGUAUCGCUCUGUCCUGAAGGCAUCCAACUGCACAGAUGCCCACGACACAUUGCAAUGUCUUCGCGCUGCGCCUUUCGAUAUUUUGAACUCUGCAUUUUCUAGUCUCUCUUUUCUUCCGGUGAUCGACGGAACUCUUGUUCCCGAAUACACUUCCGUCGCUAUCUCCAAAGGCCGUUUUGUGAAGGUGCCUUUAUUAAUUGGUACCAAUACCGAUGAGGGCAAGGUUUUCGCCGGCAAAGGCGUCAACACUACCGAAGAACUGGCUGGAUACAUCGAACAGCAGCCAUACAUCCGCACUACCAACAAUGAAACCGUUCAAGAUUUACUUGAAGCGUACCCUGAACCAGGUUCUAACUCUACCAGCGGUCAAUCGGAUGAUACCCUCCCGCUCUCUGCGACUUACGGAGCUCAAUUCCUACGAACUGCCAGAUAUACUGGAGACGUUAUGUUCAUUGCUGGACGGCGUUACACUUGCGAAAUUUGGGCUCAACUCGGCCUCCCUUGCUAUAGCUACCGGUUUAACACAAUUCCGGCCGACACCGAUCCUCUCUAUCUUGGUGCCACUCACUUCGAGGAUGUUGCAUUUGUCUUCAACAAUGUGCUAGGGCAAGGCAUGCCUUCGAACGCUUUUGAUGUCCAGCCCGCUACACGGGAAGAGAGCUACAAGCAGUUAGGCGAUCUGAUGAGCCGGAUGUGGAUGAGCUUCGCCGCGACACACUCUCCUAAUCACCACCAAGUAAAAUCGUUCCAAACUGAUUGGCCCACAUACAACUUGAAGACUCCCCAGAACAUGGUGCUUGAUGGAAAUAUCACGAGUUUCGUGGAAAAUGACAAUUGGCGUGCGGAAGCCCUUAAAUUGAUCAUCGAGAGGUCUCUGGAUUUCUCCCGCUAA